AUGAUUAAGCUGAAACCGAGAAAAAGAUACGAUAUUGCCCCUUUGGUGGGAAUAGAUGGUCAAUUAUACUCUGCAAUGAAAUCGUUGGACAUUCAAUCAGGUGAUGACGUGCGGUAUAUUGGAAUCCAUGGAAUGGGUGGCAUUGGCAAGACAACUCUUGCUAAGUUUAUUUUCAACAAAAUAUCAGCUCAUUUUGAUUGUAGUACCUUCCUUGAGAAUGUGCGAGAGGUUGCAGCACAUCAUGGUAUUGAAUAUCUUCAAGAAACGCUUCUAAAUGGUCUUGGCCCCAAGUUGACAAGACAAUUAGAUUUACAUGAGAAGAUCAAAAAGAGCUUUUGUAAAAGGAAAGUCCUGAUUUUUCUUGAUGAUGUUGAUGGUUGGGAACAAAUCAAGAAGCUUGCAGGAAAGUCCACAUGGUUCGGUUCAGGAAGCAGGAUAGUUGUGACAACCAGGGACAAAGACGUGCUGGCUAUUAGAGAAGAAAAACUAAAUGAAGACGAUGUUUGGCAUUUGGAGAUGGGGACGCUAAAUCUUGAUGAUGCAUUGCGGCUUUUCAGUAGAUACGCAUUUCAGAAAGAAUCUCCUCCUCAUGCUUUUAGAGAACUUUCUGAAGAAGCUGUUUCUGUAACUGGCGGACUUCCUCUGGCUCUUAUAGUAAUUGGGUCACUUCUCCACAACAAAGAUAGUGGGGUAUGGAAAGAUAUCAUAGACAGGUCAAAAAGAAUACCUUUGAAAGAGGUGAAAGAAAGGAUGAGAAUAAGUUAUGACAACUUAGAGCAUGAACAAAAGCAAAUAUUUCUUGAGGUAGCAUAUUUCUUUAUUGACACCGAGAAAACAAAACCAUUAUAUAUGUGGGAAGCCUGUGAAUAUUACCCACGUUGGGCGCUUGCCGUCCUAUGUUCCAGGUCCUUAGUAAAGAUUUCGGACAAUGACCGAAUAUGGAUACAUGAUCAACUCAGGGACCUUGGUAGGGAUCUUGUUCGUGAGGAGAGUUUGAACAAUCCGAAAAAGCGUAGUAGGAUAUGGGUGCAAGAAGAAGCAGUGCAAGUUCUGAUGAGUAAAGAGGAAAAUGAGAACCCAGAGGGACUCAGGCUAAAUUGCCCUGUUCUGGAGGGAUACCGUAAGCCCAAUGAUUGGAGACUAAAGCGGAUUGGAUCAAUUGGAAGCUUAACAAAAUUGAGAUUUCUCGACUUGGGAAUGGUGUCAUUCUCGACUUCUCCUCAAGUCACAUCAGUGAAGAGUGGGAAGGAUGGAGCCAAUUGCAGCAUAUUGUUCUUUGUUCAUUUACAGAAUGCAAAGAACUUGAAAGUUAUUGAUCUCACGGAAGCUAAGCGUUUAGAGAGGACGCCCAAUUUCCCUACUGGAAUGACUUUAGAAAGAUUGAUUCUUGCACGCUGCUGGUGCUUGGUUGCUAUUGACAGCUCCAUAGGCAAUCUGAGGUGCCUAAGCUUUCCGAAUUCCAUCCAUAAUCUAGUGCAGCUCAAGUGCAUCAAACUAAACAAUUUAGAUCUGGGAAAUUUUGUCCACUCGCUUGGCGCACUAAGUUCACUGGUAGAGUUGGAUCUUAAAGGCACAGAUAUUAGGAAAUUGCCUGAUGCAAUUGAGGAGUUGAAAUUACUGGUAGAAUUGGAUCUGGGAAGCACGAGAAUCAUUGAGCUACCCCAAUCAAUUGGAGGACUGCAAAAUCUAAAGCUACUUCUUCUAAAGGGUUGUGAAGCAGUAAAAGCACUUCCUGACUCAAUUGGUGGAUUGAAGUCACUAGUCAGACUAGAUUUAUCAGGGACCAGGAUAAUACAGUUGCCUGACUCUAUUGGAGGACUGGAUAAUCUAAAGCUGCUUUUCCUAAAGGGUUGUGAAGCAGUAAAAGCACUUCCUGACUCAGUGGGUGGAUUGAAGUCACUAGUCAAACUAGAUUUAUCAGGGACCGGGAUAAUACAGUUGCCUGACUCUAUUGGGCGCCUGCAGAGUUUAGAAGAGGUUUAUUUGACGCAGUGCAAACAGUUGAGAGAGCUACCCCAAUCAUUCGGCGCAUUAGGGAAACUCGAAAAGUUGGACGCUCAAUCAACUGAUCUUUCGAAAGGUCUUCCCUCAGAAUUGUCAGGUCUUUCCUCUUUGAGGUCCAUGGAUCACUCACGGUCCAGAGUACAUCAAUUACCCCCUUCCAUCAUUCAUCUCUCCCAUCUCCAAACUCUCAAACUACAGGGUUGUUUCAAGCUGAAAGAUAUUCCCGAUCUCCCUCCCAGUCUAACUCUGCUAGAUCUCAGAUCUAACUCCCAAAAAGAAGGUUGGCUUCUCUCCAAUUUGACGAAAUUAACAAAUAUGAAAGUAGAAGGCCAUCUCUACUUAGACGGGAUUGGGAGCUUGCACAGUCUGACCAAGCUAGAGUUACGACUUUGGUCCAUCACCACCAUACCAACUGAAUUUGGUUCCUUAUCUCAGCUCAAGAAACUUGUGUUAGAUUGCCCGAAAUUAAAUCAUGUCCCGGAGUUUCCUCCUAAUUUAGAGGAGAUGCAGUUCCGUGCAACGGACAUAGAAACUGCCGAGGAGGAAGCUCACACAUUGGAAUCAAUCUUGGUAUCUGGAGAUCGAGAUUUCGUCAUUACAAAUGGAGGAGCUAAGGUCCAGGUUUCUGAUUUAUUGGGAAAGAACAUCCUCCUCUACUUGUCUGCUUUUCAGAGCUCUUCAUGCCAUAUUUUGCUUCCGAAGGUUGUCCAAGCCUACCAUGAGAACAAAGCAAAAGAUGAGGCCUUCGAAGUAAUAUUCAUCCCCAUCGAACGUGAUCAUGCCACCUUCGAGCAAUACUUUUCGAGAAUGCCAUGGCUGGCACUUCCUUUCGGUGACCAGAGGAUCUCAUCAUUGCUUACCAAACUUGAGAUUCGUGAUGUACCAGAGCUGGUAGCUCUAGGGCCAAACGGUCAAAUAAUCACCAAAGAAGGCAGAAGCUUAUUAGAAGCUUACGGGAUGGACACUUAUCCCUUCACAGAUGACCACAUCGAGGAUAUGGAUAUGUAUGGGUAUACUUCUGUCAGAAGUGCCAUUUUAGUCUUCAUCCCUCAUGUGUUUUGA